AUGGCGGCCAAUGUGGGCACGGGCAGGAGUGCGGGCGGCGGCGGUGGAGCGGGAGGAGGCACUGCUACUGGCAGCGUGGCGACGGCGGUGUGCCGCCCCAGCGGCUCGCGGUGGACGCCGACGCCGGAGCAGAUCAGGAUACUCAAGGAGCUCUACUACGGCUGCGGCAUCCGGUCGCCCAACUCGGAGCAGAUCCAGCGCAUCACCGCCAUGCUGCGCCAGCACGGCAAGAUCGAGGGCAAGAACGUCUUCUACUGGUUCCAGAACCACAAGGCCCGCGAGCGCCAGAAGCGCCGCCUCACCAACCUCGACGUCAACGUGCCCGCCGCCGCAGCAGCCGGCGCGGCCGACGCCAGCACCCACCUCGGCGUGCUCUCGCUGUCGUCGCCUUCAGGCGCGGCGCCUCCCUCGCCCACCCUCGGCUUCUACGCCGGCAAUGGCGGCGCCGGCUCAACCGUGCUGCUGGACACGAGUUCCGAAUGGGGCGGCAGCGCUGCCAUGGCCACUGAGACAUGCUUCCUGCAGGACUACAUGGGCGUGAUGGGCACGGGCAGCGCGGGCGCCGCCGCGUCGCCGUGGGCAAGCUUCUCGUCGUCGGACACGAUGGCGGCGGCCGCGGCACGGGCACCGACGGUGACGCGGGCGCCCCAGACGCUCCCUCUCUUCCCGACCGGCGGCGACGACAGCCAGCCCCGGCGCCCGCGGCACGGAGUCCCAGUUCCAGCAGGCGAGACCAUCCGCGGCGGCAGUUUGCCGUUCUGGGGUGCCGCGCCCACAACUGCCAGUCCCACUGCCAGUGCCACUUCCGUUGGGAUCCAGCAGCAACACCAGCUGCUGCAGCUGCAAGAGCAGUACAGCUUUUACAGCAACACCACCCAGCGGCCCGGCACCGGCAACCAAGAUGCAUCAGCAGCAGCAGCAGCAGCAGCAUCCCUGGAGCUCAGCCUCAGUUCCUGGUGCUCCCCUUACCCUGCAGGGACCAUGUGA